AUGCCGCCCGCACGAACCGCGAGGCGGACAGUAACCGACGAGAAUGCCGAGAAUGCUGGAACCACACGUCUGACCCGAGCAAAGGCCGCCGCUCUCGACAGUGCCGCUGUUGGUGACCCUCCCAAGAAGGCUCUCACGACGAAGCGUUCGACUACCACCGCCGCCAAUGGCACUUUGGGCACUCGCAAGAGAACCGCUCUGGGAGAUGUCAGCAACGUAGCCAAGAAGGAGCCUGCGGGCAAUGCAGACGCGAAGAAAGACCCAUUGUCGAAGCCUCUCAAGCCUGCUGGAAUCCAGAAGCAGCAGCCGUCGCGUGCAAACUCGACAACGACACGUACCGUCCUUGGCCAGAAGAACUCCAACACCUCGUCCGAACUCAAGCGUCCCGCCAGUGUCUCUGGAGUCGCUGGACAUGCCACUAAGAAGAGAAACACGUCGGCGGCGAAGCCACGGAGAGAUGUCGAAGAGGACGACGAAGAGGACUCGGAGAACGCGCCGCCUGCAAAGAAUGGUGCCAGUGCUAAGCUGGAGAAGAAGUCCCGCACCAAGUCCACCAUCUCCGAGCAAAUUGAGGUUGAUGAUGAUGACGACCACGAGGAGGCCAUGGCCAAGAUUCUCAGAGACGCCAAGGACCUCGACACGGAAGACCUGGAUGACCCAUUGAUGGUGGCUGAGUAUGUGCACGAAAUCUUCGACUACAUGAAGCAAGUCGAGAUCUCUACCAUGCCCAACCCAGACUACAUGGACAACCAGGGCGAGUUGGAGUGGAAGAUGCGUGGCAUCCUCAUCGACUGGCUGCUUGAGGUCCACACGAGGUUCCGCCUGCUGCCAGAGACGCUCUUCCUUGCUGUCAACAUCAUCGACCGCUUCCUCUCAUCCAAGGUCGUUCAGCUGGACCGUCUUCAGCUGGUCGGUGUCACUGCCAUGUUCAUCGCAUCCAAGUACGAAGAGGUCCUCUCUCCGCACGUCCAGAACUUCGUCCACGUCGCCGACGAUGGCUUCAAGGACGCCGAGAUCUUGUCGGCUGAACGCUUCAUCCUCGCAACCCUCGACUACGACCUGUCGUACCCUAACCCAAUGAACUUCCUCCGUCGUAUCUCCAAGGCCGACAACUACGACAUCCAGACCCGUACCCUCGGCAAGUACCUCCUCGAGAUCGGCUGUCUUGACCACCGCUUCCUCGAGUACCCGCCAUCGCUCGUGGCUGCUGCGGCCAUGUACCUUGCACGCCUCGCCCUCGACCGUGGCGAAUGGGACGCCACGCUGUCCAAGUAUGCCGGCUACACUGAGGCUGAGAUCCAGCCGGUCUUCAAGCUCAUGGUCGACUACCUCUUUUCUCCCGUCGUGCAUGAGGCUUUCUUUAGGAAGUACGCCUCGAAGAAGUUCUUGAAGGCUUCCAUCGUCCUCCGCCAGUGGGCGAAGAAGUGGGCACCCACGUACCUUGAGAACGCUGCGCAUCCAAGCAGUGGCAAGACUCCUCGCUCUUAG